AUGAGCUCCAAGAUACCACGAAAAGCGCUAGCCAUACAAGGCCGGAAGAAGAGGUCUAAAGCAAAGCCGCGGUUCAAACAAGACGACAAGAAACGAAUAUCAAAUGAUUCAAAGAGGAAGGAUGAAUCCCCUUGCGAUGAAGAAGAUGAGGAAGAGGAAAUCCUGGGAUCAGAUGACGACGAGCAGGAGGAUCCUCGUGACUACUGCAAAGGAGGCUACCACCCUGUCAAAAUUGGGGAUCUCUUGAACAACCGCUAUCACAUAGUGCGCAAGUUGGGAUGGGGACAUUUCUCAACUGUGUGGCUCAGCUGGGAUCUUGCCUGCAAGCGGUUUGUGGCUCUGAAAGUGGUCAAAAGUGCCCAGCACUACACAGAGACAGCCCUGGAUGAGAUCAAGCUGCUCAAAUGUGUGCGUGAAGCUGAUGAGAAUGAUCCCCACAGAGAAAAAGCUGUUCAGUUGUUGGAUGACUUUAAGAUCUCCGGCAUCAAUGGAACCCACGUCUGCAUGGUGUUUGAAGUUCUGGGUAACAAUCUGCUGAAGUUAAUUAUUCGCUCCAACUACCAGGGCAUCCCGCUACAUAACGUCAAGCUCAUCAUUAAACAGGUUCUAGAGGGGCUGGAUUACCUCCACACCAAAUGUAAGAUUAUCCACACGGAUAUCAAACCUGAAAAUAUCCUGAUGUGCGUGGAUGAGGCUCACAUUCGAAAACUGGCAGCAGAUGCUAUCGAAUUUCAAAGACUGGGGCUCAGGUUGCCUGGGUCAGCAGUGAGUACAGCACCAAAAGAGAAACCUCAGGAUCUCUCCAAGAUGUCCAAAAACAAGAAAAAGAAGAUGAAAAAGAAGCAGAAGAAACAAGAACAGCUUAUACAGAUACAGAUGAAGCAGCUGGAGGAGCUAGACAGAGAGAAAGGUGGAGAGAAAGAGGGAAGCAGCAGUAGCGGUCUCUUAAACAGCGAAAGCUUCAACAGCCUGCAGAACAUGGACGCUGACAGUAACGAUGGGGCUGACGAUGACAGAACUCUCAUGGCUGGCAGCGAUAAGGGUGGAGGUGACCAUAGCCUCAAAGUUUUGAGUGGUCAGGACUCCUUGACAGAUGCAGGUGGGCCAAGGAUAAGUGUUAAAACCUUACUACAGACUAAUGGAAAGAGCAGCGUGCAACCCGUUGAUACCAAGAAGAAUGAAGGCAAAGUAUGUGAACCAAACCAGUGCAAUGUAUCCUGUAAUAAAGUAGACGAUAUUAUCAUGGAUGAGAAUGGUGACGAACCUGCCCAGCUGAACACAUCUUCAAGUUCUGAAAGUCAGGCUGCAGCAAUAGCCCGACUGAACGUUACCGAUGAUAACAUCCUCAACAGCAGUCAUUCUCCAGCACUUGUUGCCAACAGCGACUCCUUGGCAUCUAGCUCCAACUGCUCCACUUCCAACAACAACUGCCCAGAGUCCAGCAACAUGAACAACGUGGCAACAGUUAAUGCUGUCCCCAGCCUCCCUACCACAGUCCCUCUGUGUAAUGGACAUGCUGCACAGUUCUCCCGUGGUUCUGCUGGUAUUGAGGCGGAGUCUUCAGUGCCCGGCUGUGACAGAGAGCAGGGGGUGAGCGGCCGGGGUAAAGACGCUGCUGAGGCUCCGGUGAAUGUGUGUUGUAUGAGCAAUGCUGUCAGUGGUGCCGGAGAGUCUCUAGUACAUGACAUUGAGUUGAGUGAGCUGGGCAGUUCUAGCCAUCUGAAUAGUAAUUCAUUAAAGUCAUUCGAGGGGGAUAUGGAAGACAUACAGAUGGAGGCAGCCUCUGAUAAAAAUCAUACCCCGGUUAGUCACAAACCAGACCCAAUCCAUGAAAUCUGUGAUGUGUUUCCGGUCAAGAUAGCAGAUUUGGGCAAUGCCUGCUGGACUUAUCACAAGUUUACCGAUGAUAUCCAGACGCGACAGUACCGUUGCCUUGAAGUGUUGCUGGGAGCAGGGUAUGACACUCCGGCUGACAUCUGGAGUACUGCCUGCAUGGCAUUUGAGUUGGCCACUGGUGACUAUUUAUUUGAGCCCCACAGUGGGGAAGACUACACUCGAGACGAAGAUCACUUAGCACAUAUCAUUGAACUAAUCGGGCCCAUCCCACGACAUAUAGCACUGAGUGGAAAAUAUUCCAGGGAGUUCUUCAACAGGAGAGGUGAGCUGAGACACAUUAGCAAGCUGAAGCCGUGGAGUCUGGUCGACGUCCUUACUGAGAAGUACGAGUGGUCCGAGAAGGAUGCCCAGGAGUUCUGCGACUUCCUGGUUCCAAUGCUCGUCUUUGACCCCAGCGAAAGAGCUACUGCAUCAGAAUGCUUAAAGCAUCCAUGGCUACAAGGUGUAUGA